AUGCCACAAAAUGCCCUGCCUUCGCCCCUACUUUCAUGCGCUCCACGGACAUGUGAUUUGGAUCGUGAACAUCUCGUCCUCGAAUGGUUGUUCGACCAUGCGGCAAAGCGUCCGGACGCCAUCGCUCACGAAAUCUAUACCUCCAUGGAGAAGCCGCCUUUCCUGCUGACCUACGGCGAGUAUAAUCGGCAGAGUAACAUUCUCGCCCGCUGGUUAGUCGCGAACGGUAUCCAUAUAGAGGACAAAGUAGCUCUAUGUAGCCCGAGAACACCUCAUUUCUACAUCAUCAUGGCUGCCAUUUUGAAAGCUGGAGGGUGUUACGUUUCGAUCGACCCAGAGCUACCUACCGAGCGAAAGCGUUUUAUCGUAGAAGAUAGUGGUGCUCGCCGGGUCUUCGCCGCUCCCGAAGAUGCAUCCAUCUUUGGCGAUGUUGCAGUACCUAUAACGACGGCUUUCAUGGAGCAACUAGAGUCCGACUUCAGUGAUAGCAAUAUCUGCCUUGCUACUCUGCCUUCAUUGGCGUAUCUUCUUUAUACGUCUGGUACCACUGGGAACCCGAAGGGCUGCCUUUUAACCCAUCGAGGAUUGUUUUGGGCCAUGGACGCCUUCUGUGCUCUACCAAAGCCCGUUACGAACCCCGACACCGACAAACGUUUAGCCCUAGCGUCCACCGCAUUCGACGUCCACAUCUCCGAAAUCGUCCAAAGCUGGUGUCUCGGUUCGCGGCUGGUCAGCGCGCCGCGUUUUGAACUGUUAACGCAACUGCGCCGGCACAUCAUCUCGAUUGGUGUGACGCACAUCGGUAUGGUGCCGAGCAUGAUCGAAGCCUUGCUGGAGAGUCCGGACGGCCUACCCAUAAAGUAUCUCGUGUCAGGUGGUGAGAAAAUCACAGAUUCGCUAUUGAAGAAAUGGUCUGCGAGACCAGACUUGGUUCUCGCCAACUUUUAUGGUCCUACGGAAGCGACGAUUGGCUGCACUUCGAGGCAGAUAGGCCUGAACGACCGCAAAGAAAACAUCGGAAGGGCUUUUCCGUCAUGCUCCGCAUACGUCGUUGAUCGUGACCUGAAUACGGUGCCGUUGGGAUGCCCGGGAGAGCUGGUCAUAAGCGGACCUCUCGUUGCACGCGGCUAUCACAACCUUCCUGACGUAACAUCGAAGGUGUUCAUCGAUUACCCUACUCCAGGGUGUACGGCGUACCGUACCGGUGAUCUAGUUCGCAUGAUGCCGGAUCACUCCAUCGAAAUCAUGGGUCGUAUCGACAGCCAAGUCAAAUACCGUGGAGUGCGCAUCGAAACGGAAGGGAUAUCUUCGAUACUCCAAGCCGCCGGCGGUGUCAAGAAGCUCACCGUUUCAACUUUCAUCACGACCCAUCCCGCUGUGGGUACACAGGAGCUGCUUGUCAGUUUCUUUGCCUUCGGUAAUGAUGUCUCUGUUGUCGAGCGUCGGUCUUCUAUCCCUUCGUUGGUUCAAACGGAUGAAGCGAAGGCGCUGGUGCAAACGCUGAAAGCAGCCGUUCAAGUACAGCUUCCGGCUUAUAUGCGACCGGCGUACAUUCUUCCUGUCGAAUUCAUUCCGCUAAGCUUGAAUGGGAAGACGGAUACCAAAGUUUUGGCGCGUGUUUUGGGCAGCUUGGAUAUGCGGGCUUUAUUGGGAAAUUAG